GUUAGGUUAUCAAGACAACAUUGUCAUGUCAAAGUUUGAUUCACAAUAUUUUGGGUGUUGGCAUUUUAUUUUGUGAUAAGAAUUUUAUUUAUGAGUAGAAUGAUAGUUUAGUUGAAUUAUAAAAAUAACAUUAUAUAAUAAUCUCCAAUUCAACCAUGUGGAAAGCUGCAGCAGGGCAUCAAGUUAACAUUAGUAAUCAGAGUACAGAAGAUGAUGAGUGGGAAACAGAUCCUGAUUUUGUUAAUGAUGUUGAUGAACAGCAACAAAGAUGGGGUUCAACGACUGUUGAGGGAUCUGGACGUACAGCAGGAACUAUUGAUAUGGCAAAACUGAGGAAAGAAACGGAGGAAUCUGACACAUUGAAGAAGAAGAAAGCCCUAGAAGAAGGUGAUUUCAAUCCAGCCUAUGGCUAUGGUGGCAAAUUUGGAGUUCAGACAGAUCGAAUGGAUCAGUCUGCAGUAGGUCAUGAAUAUGUUGGGAAAGUUGAAAAGCAUGCUUCACAGAAAGAUUAUUCUGCAGGAUUUGGGGGAAAAUAUGGUAUACAGACAGAUAGAAUUGAUAAGAGUGCUGUCAACUGGGAUCAUAAAGAAAAGGUGGAAAAACAUGCCUCACAGAAGGACUAUGUAGCUGGUUUUGGAGGAAAAUUUGGUGUGCAAACAGACAGGCAGGAUAAAUCUGCAGUAGGGUGGGAUCAUGUAGAGAAGGUUGAAAAACAUGAAUCACAGAAAGAUUACAAAACCGGAUUCGGAGGCAAAUUCGGCGUACAGGCGGACAGACAGGACAAGUCCGCCGUGGGCUGGGACCAUCACGAAGUGCCGCAGAAGCACGAGAGUCAGCUCGAUCACAAGAAGGGGUUUGGCGGCAAGUUCGGCGUGCAAUCUGACAGAUUCGACAAGUCCGCGUCGAGCUUUGAUCCGCCCGCCAAAGUGGGAACGAACUAUACCAGGACCAAGCCAGAUAUCGGCGGAGCGAAGCCGUCUGAGUUGAGGUCAAAAUUCGAAACUUUGGCUCAAGAAAAAAAAGCUGAUUCGGCUGCAUCGUCUCCAACACCUCGGAAAAUACACGCCAAAGCGUCGCUUUUCGCCAACGCUCAAAAGGAGGAGUCUUCAGAACAGCCCCCAGAGAAGGUUUUCGUUCCCAAGCAGCUGGAUCAGUCGAAGACUGCAUUCUUGACUCAGACCAGUCAACCAGAAGUUGCGUCGACCGAAAAGUCCACCGAAAAGUCCACUAACAAGUUGGACCAGUCUAAAAUGGCGUUCUUGACACAGUCGAGUCAGCAAGAUGCGGUUGAAAAAGAAGAGAGGACGCCUUCGAAGUUGCUGGAUUCUGCGAAAGUUACUCAGUUUGAUGCUCCAACUGAAGAAAGUGUCAGAGAGAAAGAAAACAAUAUGAUUCAGGAAGAAUUGGAGUUGCUCAGGCAAUUGCAACAACAAAAACAAGAUGAUUCAGACUCCGACGACCAGGUAUAUGAAAACUUUGACAGUUCGACUAUUAAAAGAGCAGGACACCAUACAGAACAGCAAGCGACACCUACAAUCAGUGAACCGGCUGCAGCCACCACAGCUCAAUGUGAAACUCAAGAGACUGAGGAAUAUAGUCAAGAAGACAUUGUCGACACUGGCAUCACUGCCAUAGCCUUGUAUGAUUAUCAAGCUGCUGCAGAUGAUGAAAUAUCCUUUGAUCCUGAUAAUGUGAUAACACAUAUAGAUAAGAUCGAUGAAGGAUGGUGGCGAGGACUUUGUAAAGGAAAAUACGGAUUGUUUCCUGCAAAUUAUGUACAAUGUGAUGAAUAAUUAUAUUUUAACUUCUAAUGAGGUAUACGUACUUAAUCUAUUAUGAGUUUAUGAGAAUUCUUUUCGUGUCUGAAAGUCUCGAAAACCUUUUUUUAUUAUGUAAAUAGGUUUUAUAUCUAGAAAAUGUCUAGUAACAAAAAACUUGUUAUUCGUUCCUAUACUUAUUAUUCUUUGAUUUGUUUGGCUGGAUUUUGUGCACUGAUGAAUCAUUAUUUUGCUCAACUAUCCAUUUACUCUAAGGAAAACCGCAUAUUCUAAAGAAACUGAUUUGUACUCAAAAUAUAAUUUUGAGAAAGUGUCAACCUGUUUUUGAGAACGCUGUUCUCCAGAUAUUUUUAAAUUUUUUCAGGAUAUUGUACAAAACCAUUAAUCUUGUUUUUUUUUUAAUGACAAGACUAGUCACCAACGAUAAUGUUUUAUAUCUGGGAUGGUUUAUAUGUACAGGGUCUUCACAUGAUAUUUUGUACCAUUCAUUAUUCUUUUUUGUUUUUGGUUUUCCGAAAUUUCAUCUCGUCAGAUAUUUCUUAUGGAUGAAAGAAUUAUUUUCGUAUAUCUUGUAUCUACUUAGUUAUUUGACAUAUCGAAAU